GCGGCCGCCCCGCCGCUGGCAGCGUCCUCGGGCCCGCCCGGGGCUGUUCCUGCUGCUCAUCCGGCUGGCGCUGCCCGGGGCGGCCGCGGGCAGCGGGGAGGCUCCGCCAGCAGGUAAAAACUGCAGCUUAUUGCAGGAAAUGGACAUCAUCCAGAAACAGGAUGAAAACUGUUACUGCUAUGUGCAAAACAGAACCAUUCACUUACAGUACCUGUGGUCCACUCUCCAGAUAAAAGUUAGCAGCAGAGAAAAGUUCCGGUUUGAGCCUAUUUCAGAAAAAAAUAAUUGUCAGAAUUCAGAAACCGUGUUUGAAUUUGCUGCAUGUGCUGUUCAAAUCCUCUGGAAGCCAGAGACAUGUACAGAAACUUUUCUGAGCAUAAAACAAUAUGGAGAGGAUGUUUGUUUCAAAAUACAGCCCUUCAAAAUUGAACCAUACAUUGUGAGGGUGAAAAGAGAAAUGCUAGAUGGAAAGCUCUUGUUUUUGUUUGUAGCUGGAAUUUUUCUGUUCCAUUUUGCAAACAGCCUGAGCAGGAGUGCCAAGUUCUUUUACCUUUCUGGAAUAAUACUGGGUGUUCUUGCUCUGCUAGUCUUCGUCCUGUUGACACUUAAAAGGUUUAUUGCAAGGCAUAGUACAUUCUGGAUUUUAAUGAGUGGCUCCUGGAUGGUCUCUCUCUAUUUAAUUUACUGCUUCAAAGAGAAUAUACAGUGGUUAUGGUCUGAACACAAAAACUACCUGUUGGGGUAUUUUCUGGCUGUUGGGAUUACCAGCUUUGCCAUUUGCUAUCAGCAUGGGCCGCUGACCACAGAGCUCAGCAUAAACUUGCUCACAUGGAUGCUCCAAGUAACAGCCUUUGUCCUGAUCUACUUUGGUGUCACCAUCCCUCAAGUUGCAUAUGCAGUCAUAGCAGUCAGCCUCUGCUCCAAAGGCCUGUGUUACCCCCUGGGUGCUGCCUGUCACAUUGCCAGAAAAAUGAAGCAUCACUUUAAAUCAAGAAAAUUGGUGUUUAAAUACCUUACUGAAGAGGAGUAUCGAGAACAAGGUGAAAGUGAAACUAUCAGAGCUCUGGAGGAGCUGCGCUCAUUCUGCAGGAGCCCUGACUUCCCAUCAUGGGUAGCUGUAUCCAAACUCCAGGCUCCACACAGGUUUGCAGCUUUUGUUCUGGGAUCUCCCCAUGUCUCACCUGCAGAAACAAAGGUGCAUGAUGAGCAGUAUGGCAUUGGGAGCUCCUUCCUGGAAGAGCAGCUGUUUGAGACAAGGGCACAGCCUGAGCAAGGUGAGCCAACCAAUUCCAUCCAUGAAGAAGAUGAGGAGAAUGCAAAUGAAAUGCAUACACAAGUUCCAUUUCCAUAUGCUACUGAGCUGCUCUGAGCUUUGAGAAAUAACAACAACAACAACAAAAAAAGACAGAAAACACACUUGUCCUAGAAAGGGAGGAUACAGAAUGAGAACUCACACAUGGCCUUUUCUUGUGGUCGC